AUGAAGUCACUGAGAGAUGCCUCAACUGAACUAAUCCUUACUAUGUGCUACGAGGACUUGGCUCUGUCAGCGGUGAUACAGCGUGAGGGCCAAACACUCUCUUUCGGUGCCGCAACCAGGUUCCAACUUGUUGAGUCUGGCGAGGUAGAGUUGCUGGGAAAGAUAAAGACCCGCCAGAUUAAAACCUUCAAUGGGGAAAAUGUCCAACAGGAACUCGAGCAACUCAUUAAGCACCAGAUCCAACCUUGGAUGGAGAACUGUCGCGAACAGCAUGCAGACCACGAAAGCUGUGGCACGAAAUACAAUGCAUCAAAUCUACCAAGUCGACUAGUUGAUGUUGGUGAGAUUAAUGAUCGUUUGGUUAAGCUUGUGGAGGUCAAGAGUUGCACAAACUCCCAAGACUUUUCCUACCUUAUCCUCAGCUAUUGUUGGGGAGAUGGAAACGAAAAUUCCGAAACGACCGAGAACAAUCUCGAGACGCGGCUGCGUGGCUUUGCUGUAUCGGCCCUUCCAAAAACUAUCCGAGAUGCCAUCGUUCUGACGAGAAUGAUGGGAUUUCGAUACUUAUGGGUGGAUGCAAUGUGCAUUGUACAGGGACCAAGUGGUGACUUCCACUCGGAAGCACCUAAAAUGGGAGAGUACUACUCAAAUUCGGCCUGCUGUAUCUCUGCAUCGGCCGCGAAUGAUAGUCAAAAAGGCCUUUUGACUGAACGCCCGCUCGCGAGAUUUCCCAUGGACGGUAUUGCCAUCAGGAUUGCCAGACCUCAUACAGAUGAGCCAGGACAUUCCAUAUUCAAAGCAAUUGACAACAGCUCAUGUCGGAAAGAAAGCCUUUUUGAGUUGCCGCUGACGAAACGCGGAUGGUGCUCGCAAGAGGCGGUACUAGCAAAGCGGAUACUUCAUUGGACUCUUCAAGGACUUUACCUUGAAUGUCAAAGUUCUCUCUUCCUGGAAGAUACAAAAGUCCCGUGGGAGGAUCCGUUCUUUAACGAAAGCUCUACACCACGAGGAAUCAUGGCGAUGCCCCAUAAAGACAUCCUCUUCUCAGAAGGAUGGUAUCAGCUUGUUUCUCAGUUCUCAAAGAUGCAACUGACAUACGAGACGGAUCGCCUAUACGCCAUUCAUGGUCUUGCGUCUGUAGUCAUUCAACGUCUGAAAGCUGAAUAAUUUAAUGGCCUCUUCCGAACGAGUCUUGCCCAGGGGCU